GUCGAUGAUUGGCUGUCUCAAAAAAUUACCCGGGAAAAACUCGUAGUGUCAGACACAGGCUCAAACUCAGCUGCUCUCUGUCCGGUCCGUCCUGCAAAGUAUCUCCACUUAUUUCUUUAUCCACAGCAUGCCGGCCACCUCAGACAUACACACCGAGGAGCUGCACCGAGAGGGCGCAUGUGAAAAGGCGGAAGAGACGCACCUGAUGGCGGCUGAGGAGAAGAAGAGCUUCGGCGUCCUGUGUGAUGAGCGCGGGUAUCUGGACCAGGUCGAGUACAUCAUGCAGCACGGCCGCAGGAAGGGGGACCGGACCGGGACCGGAGUCCUCUCUGUGUUCGGGGCUCAGGCCAGAUACAGCCUGCGAGAUCAGUUCCCCUUGCUGACGACCAAGAGAGUGUUCUGGAAAGGGAUCCUUGAAGAACUGCUGUGGUUCAUCAAGGGAUCAACAAAUGCCAAGGAGCUCUCUGAGAAAGGAGUGAAGAUUUGGGAAGCCAACGGGUCUCGAGACUUCCUGGACAAUCUCGGGUUCACGGAUAGAGAGGAAGGCGACCUGGGACCCGUGUACGGUUUCCAGUGGAGACACUUUGGGGCAGAGUACACAAACAUGCAUGCAGAUUACACGGGACAAGGUGUCGACCAGCUGCAGAAGGUCAUUGACACCAUCAAGAAGAAUCCAGAGGACCGACGGAUCAUCAUGUGCGCUUGGAACCCCAAAGACCUGCCCUUCAUGGCUCUGCCCCCCUGCCACGCCCUGUGUCAGUUCUACGUGUGCGAUGGCGAGCUGUCGUGUCAGCUGUACCAGCGCUCAGGUGACAUGGGCCUCGGGGUGCCUUUCAAUAUCGCCAGCUAUGCGCUUCUUACCUACAUGAUCGCACACAUCACCGGACUCAAGCCUGGAGACUUUGUUCACACUCUGGGAGACGCUCACAUCUACGUCAACCACAUCGAACCUCUUAAAAUACAGCUUCAGAGGGAGAUCCGGCCCUUCCCCAAACUGAAGAUCCUGAGAAAAGUGGAGACUAUCGACGAUUUCCGCGCAGAGGACUUUGAGAUCUGUGACUACAACCCACAUCCCAGCAUUAAGAUGCAGAUGGCUGUUUAAAAGAAUCUCAUUUUUAAUGGUGAUAAACAUGGUGUGUGUAGAAUUUUGAAGUUAUCACAGAAAAGUACUGUGUAAGUGUAAAAAAACAAAUCUCCACUGGUACUGGGAUUUCUGUAGUUGAUCUGUUAAUGUUUUUAGUUACUUGGAGCAAAGUUAAAUUUCCCUUAUUUUAAAUAUUGUCAAUAUCUAGUUUGUAAAUAAAGGCUUUACAUGUG